AAGGGCAUCUCAGUUGUGUUUUAGUGUAUAGAAUCUAGAAUCUAGAGAUCUAGAUUCUCUAGAUCAGCUACGGCUCCUUAUCUAGGAUAAAAACAAUGGUUGGACCAGAAAUCACAAGGCGUAUGCCAUACAUUGAAUCCCUCCGAAUUACAUCCUUACAAUUCUUAACAGCAGGCUUGCUAGGAGCUUUUUCUGUGGGCCUUAAUCCCUUAUUUUUACGGCGACCAUUGACACAGGGUAUGUGGAGACAUGGUCUGGCAGUUGUUGUUGGUUUUUAUGGUGGGACGAAGCUUGACCAGUUCCUGGAUUGGACAAGGAAUCGAACAGUGGCUUCUAUCGAGGAUUAUAUGGCUAAACACCCAGAAGAUUUUCCUCCUGAAGUUCCUCGCAAGUACAAAGAUGUGCUCCUGCCCUGGUCACCUGUUAGAUAAAUUUACUUAUUUUUUUAUGCUGUGCGACAAAUAUUGCAGUGUGUAUUAAAUGAAUUACAAGAUCUUAUCAGUUAAAUAGAAAGAAGUUGAAAAAAUUAAAGUUUUACAAUGUAUAGUUAUAA